GAUUAUUUAAUGUGGCCGCCCGACCCUUGGCCAAGGGCUACGAUGAACCGUUGGGCUUCAAAUCUAUCUCGGGCUGACAGUGACAGUGCACGCACGGACUUCGGAUGGGGGACCUCGAUGUCCUCCUCGGGAACUGUCUACAGGUUUCGUCGUUCGAGCAGCUCGAACGCAGUCGGGACUCGGCAACGAUUUGACCCGGAAUACGAGAUGUCAAACGAUCGAGUUUCGCCGCAGCGCGAGACGGGGACCUGGCGCAGAUCGCUGAGUUUUUUUUCUCGAUCGACGAUGUGUUGACUCUGUAAAGCUCCGGCAGGAGAGGUCCGAUGAAGGGACUUGAUUGCUAUGAUGAGAAGUCCCAGAACGUCUGAAGGGCCGAUGACUUCGUCCCCUACACAAACGAACUAGUUACACGUUCUGUCACUUGGAGAUUCUUAGGCGACGAGAUUUCGGAGAUACUCGGAUCGCAUCGCUUCAAAGUACUGACCAGAGGAUAAGAGGAACUGAAGGUAGAACAGAAGAAAUUGUCGUCAACCGCACUGUUAAGUACUUAUUCUCAUCAAGGUGAUGUGCUUUUUCAAGAAGAAGCACGCUAUUUCAAGUUCAGGAUGAUUCGUUGCUGCUGUGCUCUGACUUAUAAAUUGUAAUUUGGGGAACGUGUUAGUCAUGAUCUACACCCGAGGUAUGGUGAUAUCAUGAAAGGUAGGAGUGAAAUAUCUUCAUGUUUAAGUAAUAUAAUGCUAGAUAUACAUCCAAGGCUGCAGACUCGUUACAAGAGGUGAGCUAGUGGCUUCGGUCACUUAGCACCUGUUGUUCAGUACAACCCCCAAUUUGACACUUACAUUAAAUUUAAUCCUAAGAUGCCAAUGUUGCCAUCUUAGGAUAGGAACUGGUCACAUGACUUGGAGUGACAACGUCGUCAAGACGAUGUCUGGUAUUUAUCGUGAUUUGACAAACAAGCUAAAGCCCCACCGUGGCAAAAGAAUUGCAUUACAGAUUUGAGUGACUGAAUUUCGAAUAUGUAAUUAAGGUAGUGGAUAAGUAGACCAGGCUAAUGAUUGUCGAAAAUGUGCUCGAGCGAGAAUAUUCCUUUAUCAAAUUUUCCUAUUAUUAAAAUGGGAACAUGACAUUAGUGGAUAGAUGUAAAAAUCUGUCAUUGUGUACUCACAGUAUGUAUCUCAACAUCACUGAAAAUUGACAACUUACGUGUAUACGAU